CUGCUUUCAGUUCUUCUGUGGUCAUUUCUGUCUGUUAUCUGCUUUUGCCGACGGACGGAUUCAACCAAAUGAAUUUAGAACUGAACCAAAAGCAUCAUGGGAUCAAGAAAUGCGAAGCGUCAUCAUUGGUGUCCGUGUGAAAGUGAAACUCACGCUGAUAUGGAUCUGAAGGAGAAUAUUAUAGUGUCAUUAAAGAAAUAUGAAACUAAUGAAGACUUUUCCUAUUUACCCGCUCUACCCAAAGCCUCUGUGCUCAUACCCCUUUUGCUGAAAGAUGGACAACUUCGACUUUUAUUCAACGUCCGUUCACUAAAUCUCAAACAUCAUGCUGGUGAGGUUUGUUUUCCUGGAGGUAAAUCCGAGUCCAGUGACAGAAAUGAAAUCGACACGGCUUUGAGAGAGGCAGAAGAAGAAAUUGGUCUUCCUCCGAACCGAGUGGAAGUGAUCUGCAAACUCUUCCCCAUCGUAAACAAGUCUGGUCUUCUGAUAACUCCAGUUGUGGCUUUUAUUGAGGAUUCCUUUAAAGCCCGUCCAAACCCACAUGAAGUCACCGAGGUGUUCACCGUUCCUCUGGAGUUUUUCACUAAAGAGACCGAUCAUUCCUGCUAUCCUGUACCCAGCAUCUUUGGACCCACACAUAGUUUUAUUUACACUGAUCACAGUACAGACAGCAUCCAUCAGAUCUGGGGCUUGACGGCAGCUUUGGCCAUAACCGUUGCUGUUUUUGCCCUCCAAAAGAUGCCUGAGUUUGAGGUCGGCUUUGACCUGAAAGAUCCAGUUUCUCACUUUAAACGUUUUCUUAAUCGUAGACUAAGCAAAUUAUAAAAA